AUGUACGAAAAGGCCUUUCAAAAUCUUCAACAGACCAAUUGCCGCGUCCUCGCCAAAGCUUAUAUCAAGGUGGUGGAACCAAGGAAGCAAGUCAACUAUCCAUAUAAUGGACGGAAAGCAAUCGGAGGGAGAACAGUCCAACUAGACCCCGAGCAGACCAAGCCGCCAUGGUGGCCUCCCCAAGUUCGCCACCGCGAGCCAGACCAUCUCCCUAAAGUUGAGCGUAUUCGACUACUGGUUCACAUUCUUCGUGAGCUGCGUACAAGCCAUGGUAUUACUGUUAGAAAACUCAAAGAGGCGGAUCGGGCUAUUCGGGAUCUGAUUCGGCCCAAGGGCCGAAGGCCGAAUCAGAUUUCUGGAUGA